AACCACGCAACGCUCGUGAAAUAAUCGUACUCGCACGCGCGUUUUCGUUGUAUCGUACCAAGAAUUAUGGAUCUCGUACUCACCUGCACCGAGCACCUGGGCGACAGCGACGUCGCCCAACGCGACGAGACGCUCUUCAGCGAUCCCCGCGUCAUAAACAAUCUGUUGAACGACGAAGUGUUUUCGGUGCCGAAAUGUGAUUAUUUCAAAGCCGUGCAAAGCGACGUGCAGCCCUACAUGAGGAAAGUCGUCGCCACUUGGAUGCUCGAGGUCUGCGAGGAGCAAACGUGCGAGGACCAGCUCCUGCCGUUGGCCAUCAACGUGAUGGACCGGUUCCUGUGCGAGUGUCCUGUGAGGAAGCAGCAGCUCCAGCUGCUCGGGGCUACCUGCCUGCUGAUCGCCUCCAAGAUCAGAUGCACGCGGCUGCUGCCGGUAGACCUCCUUUGCGCCUACACCGAUCACAGCGUCACCAAGCAGCAGAUCCUGAGUUGGGAGCUGCUGGUGUUGUCGAAAUUGCAGUGGAACGCUUCCGCUGUGACAGGUUUCGAUUACAUCGAUCACGUGAUCGAAAGGUGCGAAUGGGGCGACGAGAAUCACUUACUGAGGAAGCACGCCCACAUAUUGGUGGCUAUUUGUUACACAGAGCCGGCCUUGAUCCAAACGGCCCCGUCGGUGAUAGCGGCGGCCUGCGUAAGCUCGGCGGUGCGGGGGCUGAAGCUGCCCACGGCGGAGGCGGCCUCGAGGGACGUCUGCAGGAUGCUGAACGCCGAUCCGGCCACCAUUGAAUCGUUGGUGUGUUUGAUAGACGGCGCCGUGUCGAAGGCGACGCCCGGCGUCGCCGAGCCGAUGGACGCCCAGACGACGAAAACCGUACAGGGGGGCUACGAAAGUCCGCAGUACGGCCAACCGGAGACACCCACGGAGGUGGAGAAGGUUUAUAUAUAAUGUAAAGACUCGUGUUGUGGUGUAUAUAUUUUAUUCGUAGGGUAUUUGUUUUAGUUGUAAGGCGAUGCCUGCGUUACUUGGCUGGUAGUAGGCACGCAUCGUUGUUUUAUUUUAUUUUAUUUUUUUUUCGUUUUAUUUAUUUAUUUUAUAAAAGUUGGGCGUGUUGUUCGGAAACCUCUACAUGACCAAAAAUUACCGUAAUGUAUUUUUUCUACAUUAUUGAUCUCUUAAUUUGUCAUAACGCUUGAUCUCAAUGUAAUUUAUAAGUGCCUUAUUGAUGUACCGCGAAAUUUGUAGAAAUUCAUUUGCGGUGCAUAUUUGCUAUAGUAUGAAAUAAGUACAAUUCUGUGAUGUUAUGAAACCUUCAAAAUUCCGUUUUCGCAAUCGAGUUUCGGACUUAUUUUUCAGUUAAAACACACAAAAAAAAAUGCGUUUGAAUUAUUUUGGUUAUAUUCUUGGUUUUAUUUUGUUAUCUAGUCUUUAGUUUCGUACUUGUAUAGUUAUUUUUAAUCCUCGAGUAAUACGAUACAAGUUUAACGAUUGAUGGUAUUUUAUUACUGGAGGA